AUGAAGCCCCAAGGUGAAAGGCCCGACAAGGCUCAGAAGGCCCAUGCUCCCAACUAUGACCUUCCUCCGACAUUUCUCAAACCAUGUGUAAUGAAGGUCAACGGCGCCUUCUUCGGUGGCAAGAGCCUCGGAUUUGUCGCUGAUGUUGACACGCAUGUCCUUGCAUUAAGGGCCGUGGAUAUGGACUCCCACCUGGCGCUUCUUAUGCAUUUCCCCUUAACCGCCUCGGCCGAGGAUAGCGGCUUCGGUAAAAUUCAUACGAUAAAUUCAAUGACACGAAGGCCCGAACCCUGCAACUUCCGCAAACUCAAACUCAGGUUUCCUCGUGAUAUCGAGAUUGCGUAUCGAGAGGCGAGCCAGGAGGACACUGCCAUGUGCCCCAGCGGUAAACCUCGAAUGGUAUGGGUCGACGUCACCAUGAGGCAAGGCGUGAUCACUGUUGAAGGAUUCGGCAUGCCAUAUUUCAACCCGGGCCAUCCCUCUGAAAGCUGGCUCCGAAACAUGUCACCCGCUGUUGACGACUUGAAACUCCUCGAUUUGGUACACCGAAAGCACUUCAGCCUCCUCGUUUGCAGUCCCGAAAAACCGACAAGGUCACGAUGGAACGUGAGCUGCCUGGCACCCACGUUUGAUUACGGCUAUGGCACCAAUCAUCACUGGUCAGAGGCCAAGGCCCUGACUCAGCUCGACAAAAUCCGCGGACAUCAGUUUCAAGCUGCUUUUAGUCACCCGACCGAUACUUCCCACGUAACAGCUGUCACCCAAAGCCUCGUUCAGGAUGUUGCGUGGCUCAUCAAGGCUUCCAACGAGAUGGCCGAUGAAAGGCUGCCGGCGUAUUUCGUCCGGAUACCCGCCAAAGUCAAUAUUAGGAGACGAUACUUCGUCGUUGUGAGGACUAGUGGCGACUUCUGGGGUCGUUACAACAAAGCGUGGGCACGUUUCACCAAGUCUGCCGAUUUGAAGCUACGGCUGCAUGUUGAGAGGGCCGAGAACUGGCAUGCUCGUGUUCUAGACCGUCCAGACUUUCUUGGCCCGUUGACCCAGCACCAUCUUCAAGAGAACGAUCUUGUUCUCGAGGCGCUACCCGUUUCGAUGUCGACGGCAGUAUUAUGCGAGUUCGAGACACGCAACCAAGCUGACGCAGCAACCGAAUCUCGCUGGAACCGCAUUUCACUCCAUUGGGAUUUAGGUCUUCACGAGUUCAAGCGCAAGGUCGAGGCUGUUUGUCAGUUUCUCCCCAAAGCUGCUCCAUCGAACUUACAUUUCGGCGGCCCAAGCAAUGACAAGGAAUUGGCCAUGAUGCUUCACAGGGAUCUACUGCGUGGCGAGGGGUUUUACAACACCAUGGUUCGAUCAGCCUCCUCUGCCACUGAUAUUGAGAGCAGCAUGAAGAAGUUAGGUCUCAACAACGGAAGCAUGCGCCUUCAGACUCUCCCUUCCGUCAAUUUCCUUGACGGCCCCGACGCAAAAUGGGUUGAUUCGCUUAUGAUGGAAGCUCUUGAGCAAGACCGCCAUCGAUUACGCCGGCAUUUGAGCCACAGUCCCCUUGGCUUAGUUGUCAUCACAGCUGGUCCUGGAUUCGGCAAGACCACCGCCGCUGCCGUCGUGGUUCUUGCAAUGCAUGCCAGCUUGGGCAAGGUCCUAGCGAGCGGCCCGACAAACGUUGCGGUCAACAAUCUGUGUGAUCGCAUCUCUGUAGUGUCCAAUCGUGUCACCGACCGAUACAAUAGUGACAGGGAGCGAGCCAGCCGACGGCGUCGUCCUCUGGUUCUCCGUGGCUUCAGGCUCGACAAUGAGCACGCUGCAUUCAACAACCUGCUCAAGAACCUCGACCUUGGCAAUAACGCCGCCCCUUUUGUUCUCUGGGGGGCGCAGUUGAAGUGGAAGUUGCAGUUCUCGGCGACAUACUGGCUUCUCAUGUGCCUUGGUUCAUGUGCUGUUCCCGCGUUGCAUGAUGACGAUAGCAAAGCCCUACACAACUUGCGCCACGACCUAAACAGACGAAGCGAUAUGGCAUCCCUCCGCAAACGAGUCGCAGGCAAGAUAACCUGGGACGAGUAUGUCAACUCAUCGCGCCUGACCAAAGCAGAGUUCGAAACACUGGUGGGACGACUUAUAAAGUCGGCCGACAUUCUCUGCACCAUUCCUGCUUUGGCUGAAUCUGAACCAAACUUAUCAGACUGGAAGGUCAAUUCCGCCCGUGCCAUUGCAAUUGAUGAGGCUGGUAAUAUGAGCCGUGGCGACUUAUGCUCAAUAUGGGGUAACACCCUUCUACCGUGUCUACUUGCGGGAGACGACAAGCAACUGGCCCCAGUUGUAAUUACGAGUGAGGAGCUAGACGCCGACGGUAACUCAAUCAACAGGUUCGGCCCGGAUGGUAGGAUCUCAGCGCUCGAGUUCGUCAUGGGAUCCGGUUGGCCUGUUUAUCGCCUCCGAACUCAAUUACGCAUGGCAAGAGGUCAGUUUGACAUCUGUCGCGCCACCGUGUACAGUGACGUCAAUUCCAGCUACAGCCCGGGAUCCGAUAUCAGCCUUCCUGCCCAUCGUACCGGUCGCGUCUUGGAGGAGUAUAUUCGUGUCAGGUUCCCCGAUGUCACGUCUCCCGAGGAUGAGAACCUGGUGCCUUUAUUCGUCAGUUGUAAGAACUCGACGUGCAUCGUGGAUCCCGUCACCAGAUCGAAGAGAAACUUUGAUCAGAUCCGCAUCGCUCUGGAAUUCUGCGUCGACUUCGUUCAGACCAAGAAGAUUAGCCCCGCUGACCUUCUAAUCAUCUCUCCAGAAAGGGCUAUGGUCGAGAUUAUCUCUAAGCGGCUGAAGCAGGCUCAAUACGUUGUCCUCCAGGGCAUGCGAUCACCCUCGACCGUUCAUUCAGUUCAAGGUCAAGAGAGUGACAUGGUCGUCAUCGUUACCGGAACAAAUAGCGUUGUUGGUGCUGGCUUCACAUCCGACGAACGUCGCCUCAAUGUGAUGCUGAGCCGUCAUAAGAGUGCUCUUGUAAUCUUUAGCGACAUUGACACUGUUGACUACAAUGGCAAGAGCAAAGCUGAGUUGACUCAAGAGCCCACUGGGGAGAUGAUAUUCACAAAGGCUACCAUGCUGAAGCGCGUACAUAGUCUGAUGGUUCAGAACGGCCGUGUCGCGACAGUCGAUUGUAAGGCCUAUCCAACGGGGGCAAUAAGGUCAAGUAGAUAA